CACCACCACUCUUUCUCUCUCCGAUUCAAAAUCACAUUGUUGGUGUCGCCACCACUCUCCUUCUCUCUCCGAUUCAAAAUCACCCUUCACCACCAUGCAGGCCAUUCAGUCCUCCACACUCCGACUCGCCCCGCUCGACCCGCUCCGCAAACGGACCCAAUCACAGAAUACUCUCUCUCUCUAUCUCCCCCAAAGUCCAAAGAAGAAUCUGAACCAGAAUGAGCAUGAGGGAGGUUGGGGGUCUGAUCCCAUGCCUCAUCAGCGCCUGGCAAGUGAGGAUGAGGGAGAAAUCUUCGUACGCCAUCCUUCCUAUUCUUCUAUCGAACAAGCGGGAAAAUUAGGCGGGAUGUGCAGAGAGAGUAGGCGGGAUUUUGAGAGAAAAGAUAGGAGUCCUAAUUAGGACUCUUCCUAACCCAAAAGAGAUGGACGACAAUAUAAAAGGGAAUCGGCUCUGUUCAUCACAACAUCAACUUCGACUCUUUCUCUGCAAUCUUCAUUUUGAAGGAUUACGGGUGUUCUUCGUUCAAUUUUCCGGUGUUCAAUUUUCCAGAUUGAAGGGGUUUAGGACCAAACACAUCCACGAAAACAAUGUCCUCUCAAUCUCUGCAACUUGGACGAGGAAAAAUGAUAAGGAAGCCUGCUAAUGCAACAACAAGAGCAUCCAAAUCAGCUUCUCAGCUACCAUCACAACCAGCACUGAGAGCAACUUCUUAUGCAGCACCCACAACAACUGAACUGCCAUUUGAAGAGCCACAAGCUGAUCAACAUCCUACAGCUCACAACUCAGAGAAUUCCUCUACCCCUGCUGAAUUGAAAAAAACACGUGGCAAAACAACUGGGAAAGGUAUGAUUGAGAUGAUUACUAGCAAUGGCAACAAGAAGGUGGAGAUAAUAUUUGACCAGGAGUGAGUACAGCAAUAAGAAGUUCACUACCGCUAUAGGGAUUGAGGUUCGAAGGCGAGCUCCGGUAUGUUACCGUGGAUGGAAUAAGAUUUCAGGAGAUAUUAAGAGGACACUACGAGAGGGAUUGACGGUACACUUUGACGUGGAAAUAGAACAUCCAAAAAUUAUCUAUUUUGUGGAUGAUAAGAUGCGCUCGGCGUAUACUCAAUUCAAGUGGAAGUUGCACGAUCACUAUCAAAAAUGUGGCACAUCUGUUCGGGGACGAGCCACACUUCCUCCACCUGAUCUAUGGGGUGAGAGAUCGACAGAGGAGUGGCAUUGGCUAUGUGAUGAACUCUACACCGAUCCAAAAUAUAUUGAUAAAUGCAAGAAGAAUUCAACUAGCCGAAAGAGACAAAGGACUACGCAUCGUGGCGGAGCUAUGCCUUUCAUUCAACAUGCUUUGAGGACAGCCAAGGAGGGCAAUCCUUUGUCUUUCAUAGACAAUUGGGCAGCUAUGUAUCAAGAUUCAAAUAGCAAUUGGGUUAGUGAUGCUGCACGUGAUAAAUAUGAUCGACUGAAAAAUAAGAGAGAAGAGCAUAAGGAGAAACUAACCCUAGAGGCACCAGAGGGUACUCCACCAGAAUCUGUACAAGUUACUGCGCGUGAUGAGAUUCCAAUCAUGGCUGAAGAGUGUGGAAGGAAGGGAAAAAGAGUUCGUGGUUUAGGCUCGUUUCCUCGCAUGAAGCUUCCAACUGUUACAUCUUCAACAGCUGUGAGUUCUGAAAUGAACGUAAUGCAAGAUAAAGUUAAGAAGCUUGAAUCAACUGUGGACACUAUGCGGUCACAAAAUGCACAGCUAAUGACAAUGUUGAAGAAGUUCCUGAUGAAUAGCCAAGGCUGUUUUGCUGAUACAGAAAACAUUGACAUGAAUAUCGUAGUACCCAACAGUGAAGAAGAUGAUGUCUUUGGAAGAGAUGAAGACGGUGUCCAAAACAAUGGAGAUAAUUCUGAAACAGAGGAUUUGGAGGAAGAUUUGUGAUUCAUAAAGUCAUUUUUAGUAAUUUUUGGAUUAGGAUUUAGCUAGUCUAGCUUGGCAAACAAUUUUUCUUUUUAUUAGCUAUUAUUAUUUUGUGGGUAGAAUUUUGUAAACUCUAUUUGAUUUAUGAUUUAAUAAAUCUUUUGAUUAA